UACUUUACGUCUACAAAAAUGGUGAUUUCUGUCUGAAGCGCAUUUUCUCUCUCUUAUUUCUCUCUCUACUGUAUCUUUGGGAAAAAGGGUGUUCACGGUGGAGGGAGAGACGACGCGAGAGAGAGAGAGAGAGAAAUCACAAUCUCCCCGCGGAAGCUAUUCGAAAUCAGAAAAUUUGAAAAGGUGAUGUGAGAUUCGAGUGAAGCCACAACCACCUCCAUUGUUAGGGUUUUAAGAAACUUUGAGAAGAAGAAAAUGCAUAAUCGAGGCCGAGCAGGAGAAAAUUGGGAAAGGGACUCGGCAAUGGGAGUCACUAUUUGAAUGUGAAUCUUGCAAAUACCGAUUCACCUUAACUACACGAAGAUCUUGCUUAUUCUUCUCGGCAGGAUGUGAAUUAUGGACUCAGAGCUUUUGAUGCUGUUCAACAUUGAUGUUAAGCGAUAAGUUUGAUAUUAAGACGAAGAUUUUGUACAAGGUUGUAUAGUUUCGAGCAGAAGAUGAAGUCCUCUACACCCCUUGACUAUGCCAUCUUCCAGCUUUCCCCGAGGCGAUCAAGAUGCGAGUUGUUUGUAUCUAGUGCCGGGAUUACGGAGAAGCUGGCUUCUGGACUAGUAAAGCCGUUUGUUGCUCAUUUAAAAGUGGCAAAAGAACAGGUUGCCGAGGCAGUUCAGUCUAUCAGGCUAGAAGUUGAAAGCAAUAAACAUGCUGAAACUUGGUUCACAAAAGGGACACUUGAAAGGUUUGUACGGUUUGUUAGCACUCCAGAGGUCUUGGAAUUGGUAAACGCUUUGGAUGUGGAGAUGUCACAGUUGGAAGCAGCCCGACAAAUAUAUGCUGAGGGGAUGGGUGAUCAGCAAUCUACAUCAAGAGAUGGCACAGAAGCUAUGGCGGCAGCUGAUCUGACAAAGAAGGAGCUACUGAGAGCUAUUGAUUUGCGACUGGCAGCAGUUAGGCAGGACCUAGCCACUGCAUGUAAUCGUGCAUCUGCUGCUGGUUUCUAUCCUGACACUGUCUCUGAAUUAAGGAAAUUUGCUGAUCAAUUUGGGGCCAGUCGCUUGAAUGAAGUAUGUACCAAAUUUAUCUUAGUUUGCCAAAGAAGGCCAGAGCUGAUCAGCUCUAGCGGAGCCACUUUGGAAGACAAAGCCAUACGAGCAUCAUGGGGAUCUGAUAUGUCUAUUGAUGACCCUAGUGAAGGGCAAUCUGGUCUCCAAGACGUGACUAGAUCUCAGACAGAUAGGAGCCAUCAAACUGGGAUGGAAGAAUCCCAACAAGAAUCAAAGCUUCCCAUGUUUCGUCAGUCCAGGUCCAAUCCCAACUUUCUCAUGCAGCAAACUAGCCAAAGUGAAAAGAAUGAUGAAGAGGAGACAGGUCCAGUGGUGAAUGAGCCAUCGUCAAGUCAGCCUAAACAACUCACAAGAAGGCUUAGCGUGCAAGAUAGAAUCAACCUCUUUGAGAACAAGCAGAAAGAGAGCUCAAACUCUGGAGGGAAACCAGCUGCAGGAAAAUCCAUUGAGGUGAAAAGACUCUCUACUGACUUAUCAUCUUCUAUGGGUAUGGAGAAGGUUGUGUUACGGAGAUGGAGUGGUGCUAGUGACAUGAGCAUCGAUUUAAGCAAUGACAAGCAAGAUGGUACUGGCGAUAGUCCAUUGUGCACACCCUCAUCAUCAUCAGUGUUGAAAGAUGGAAGCAAUGUAUAUCAAAACCAAUUUGUUAACAGUGACCAGAAACACCAAAAUGGUUUGAGCAAUCCCGCAAUCUCAAGUUCUGAUGGUGUCGGUGUCCUGGGAUUGGGCCAAUUAGAGAUUCAAAAUUCAAGUUCUAGUUUGUUGGGAAAAAACAAGGAGGUGGACUUGAAGGUGAAAUUGAAUACGAAGAAUCAAGUGGAACAUCGAGGAGUCUCACAUGGUUCUUUGGUCCGUGGGGAAAAGGAUUCCAGGUGUAUGAACCAAUCAUAUUCUGAGGUGAGCUCCAGAGGGGCUUUGGAUAACUCAGAGAAUGAAAAAACGAAUGAUGAAUCCAAUGCAGACAUGGGUGAUUUGGAAAUGAACAGCAAGAACCUUAUACAACAAUCCAGGGAUUCCCAGAGUCAGUCAUUGUCUCUGUUGCAGCAUCUGGAUGGUAUUGAACCUAACAAUGCGAGUGUCCGGUACAACGGAGGAUCAGUGGAAACUCAGAAAAAAGAGCUAACAUCUUCAGAUAGGCAACCAUCAUUGGUUGAAGAUCCCCAGGGAAGGAGGGCCCAGAAACUGGUUUCUGCAGGUUCUGAACAGAUAAAAAGGCCUUAUGAUCAGAGGACUGGAAUUGAUUCUGCUGAUUCGAGUACAAAGCCAAGUGUUUCAGACAGGUCAGAGAAUGAUUCUCUGACACAUCCAUUCCCAGCAGAGCAAGCUCAAAGGACAAGACUGACAAAGGGGAACCAAGAGCUAAAUGAUGAAUUGAAAAUGAAAGCGAAUGAGCUUGAGAAACUGUUUGCUGAACACAUGCUCCGUGUUCCUGGGGAACAAUCCAGUUCUGGUCGACGUGGUAUACCCGCUGGAAAGCCAAGUGAAAAGGUGGCAACUUCACAGCUUAGAAGACAUGCAGCUUCAGAAUCAUCUCCUGUACAACUACCUGAUAGGAAGACAAUGGCGAAACCCGCUUUAGGAUCAAGCGAUGCAGACUUCAGAACUCCGCCAACAACAAAGAUGGUUGGCAACAAUGACUAUGGGGAUACUGCGAGGCUGAAGUUUUCAGAUCUCAGCUUUUCAGUUGAUUCUAGAGGAAAGUUCUAUGAGAAAUAUAUGGAGAAAAGGGAUGCCAAGUUGAGGGAAGAAUGGAGUUCUAGAAGGUCUGAGAAGGAAGCCAAAUUGAAGGCGAUGCAAGAUACACUUGAUAGCAGUAGCGCCGAGAUGAAGGCCAAGUUUUCUGUGUCUGCAACAAAAUAUGAUUCAAAUGCUCGACGAGCAGAGAAACUUGUGUACUUCAAUUCUAGGAUGAGUGCCAAAAAGGAACAGCAUCCGGUUAGCUCAUUUCAGAGUGAAGAAGAUGGGGAUGUUUCUAGGAUCAACCAGAGUAAGAAGCUUCAACAAAACAAAAAUAAUUUCUUGGCUACUCGAACUACUGCUACAUCAGGUUUACGGUCAACGGCUAAAGCUUCUACCACUAGCUCUGUUAAACGGAGAGUGCAUUCAGACAAAUCUCUUGCACAGUCAGUCCCCAACUUCUCUGACGUAAAGAAGGAGGGCAUGAAACUAUCCUCUGGGCCUGGAAAAACUGGUCUCCGUCUACAGGCAAGAAACUCUGCCCGCCCAAAGAGUACAAAUGAAGAAGAAAAACCUCAGAGGCCGACGAACCUCAGGAAAACUGCUUCUGAAGCUGCUGAGUUAGCAGAGUUGUCUCCUACGAAGUCUGAUGAUAGUGUUACCAUCCCUCUGAAUCUUGAUCAGGAGCAAAAUGGGAUAGAAUGUACCAAUCUUGGACUAGGUAUCGGUUCUGAUAUUGCCCAGCUAAAAGUUUCAGACGGCUCUGAGAGUUUCAGAAAUGAUGAGAAGUAUGGUGAACAUACCUUUGAGUCCGAGGGGUCAGAGGAUGCAGGGAAAGAGGGAGCGGAAGAAGAUCUCGAGGCCAUGGAAGUCGAAGCCUGUGCCGAUACAGAAAAUGGGAAACCAAGACUGAGCCAAGGGUUUGACAAAUGGGGUGAUACUGGGGCUGGAAACGAUGAAGCAGUGAGAUCUGUUUCUAGGGAUGACCACGGCUCAAAUGCUGAAUUACACGGUGCUAUGAAUUCAAGGCAUCCUUCAGGUGAAUGUCCUGUUUCGUGGAGCUCAAGGGCGAAGCACCAAUUUUCCUAUCCAAAUGAGGCAUCUGAUUUUGAUGUUUCUGUGGACUCUCCAGUGGGUAGUCCUGCAUUCUGGAAUUUUCCGUCUCUUAACCAUGCGGAGGACGAUGCAACUCAAAUGAGAAAGAAAUGGGGAGCAGCUCAGAAACGUGUUAAUGCUGGCAAUCCAUCCCAAAACCAAUCCCGCAAGGACAUGACAAAAGGGCUGAAAAGGCUACUAAACUUUGGUAGAAAAAACCGAGGAACAGAGAGUUUGGUUGACUGGAUAUCAGCUACAACUUCUGAAGGAGAUGAUGAUACAGAAGAUGGAAGAGAUCCUGCAUAUCGGUCUUCAGAAGACUUGAGAAAAUCGAGAAUGGGAUUCUUGCAGAGUCAUCCCUCCGUUGAGAGCUUCAACGAGAGCGAGCUAUUUAGCGAACAAGCUAGAACAACAGGCAAUUCCAUGACAGCUCCUGCGAUGAACUUCAAGCUGAAGGAGGAUCAGAUGUCGGGAAAUUCUGUCAAAGCACCUCGGUCAUUCUUUUCGCUCUCCAAUUUUCGUAGCAAGGGAAGUGAUUCAAGGCCGAGAUGAUGAGCUCAAUACUCAGAUUCUUGCAGCAAAAAUAGUUUGGGAAGAUGAUGUAAAGGAAGCGUGUAUAGAAAGGUAAAGAUCCUCUCAUGUAAGGCCAUGGCAAGAGGAUGUGUAUGUGAAAAGGCUCAUCUUCCUCCUCCUGUUUCUCUCUGUUUAUUUACCGAUGGUUGUACUUUGUAAAUUGUAUCCAACAUUAUCACCUCUCUCUUGCACCCUUUUUACUUCUUCAAUAAUCUCAAACUCUAUUAACACUUUUUCCAUAGCCAGAAUCAAACACAAAAGUUUUUACA